AAUCAAAGAUACAGUGAAAGAAACACUUAUGAGGAUGGAGAACGAAAUGAAAGAGAUGAAGGAAAAGCUAGGUUUCCUGAUGGCUUCAGCAGAAGAAUGCAGAGAUCAAGGUAUUUUCGAUCCAACUGAGCUUAUCAACGGGAUUCGCCAGCUCUACAAUACUCGCGAGGGAUGGCUUUCACCAUUUCCAUGGUGUGAAGAGUUUCAGUUUUUUCUUUGCAAUAUUUUUACGAGGCUCAAAAUGGUGAGGAGAAAGAAAGCGAGAGGAGAAGUCACAGACAUGUUGGUUGACAUGUCGUCUAUACUGGACCCAUAUGAGGAGUGUUCAGCGCCGAGAACAGUGUUGAUCGAAGGAGAACCUGGUAUGGGAAAAACCACCCUCUGCAAAAAGUACGUCUACGACUGGGCCACAAGAAAGCAGGAACCUCAGAGCUGCGGCUUAACAGCAUUCAAAGCAGUGUUGUUUCUUAAAUGUCGAGACAUCCAUUCUGAUGUCUGGGAAGCAGUUGAGGAUCAGCUUCUGCCCCGAGACAUCGAUGAAGAAGUCAAACAACAAUUUUUUCAGUUUACUCGUGAAAAUCAGUCCAGCAUUUUAUUGAUACUAGAUGGAUUGGAUGAGUUGCCUUCCGGCAAAUUGCCAAUGUUUUCGGAAUUGAUUGAAGGAAGGGUACUCCCUAGAUGCCACAUAGUUGCAACAGCAAGACAAGAAGCUGGAAAAGAGGUGAGAAAAUACUGUGAUACGCUGCUCGAGAUCGAGGGAUUCACUCAAAUACAUGUUGACGAAUUUGUUAUCAAAUACUUCAAAGAUAGGCCAGGUUUAGCCACAAAGCUCUUAGAACGGAUGAGGCGCGAGACAAACCUGACAGAAAUGGCAGCCAAUCCUCUAAACACAGCACUUCUUUGCCUUUUAUGCGAAGAGUUUGAUGGCACACUUCCUGAAAACAGAGCUCAACUGUACUUGGAUAUCAUUGAAUGUGUCUUGAGAAGAUACAGAAAAAAGAAAGGACAAUCAAAAACAAAUACAGCCGAGACAAACCUUUACAAACCUCAAUUGGAUCGCCUUGGGUUGGUGGCGUUGAAUGGUUUGCUUAACGACAAAUUGGAUUUUGAUGAAAGUGAAUUGGGAAACAAUGCAAAAGACUUGACUGCAUUUGGAUUUCUCUCAAUGCAGCCUGGUGGCAGCAAAUUGAGACCAAAAGUGCAUUAUGCUUUCCUACAUAAAAGUUUCCAAGAAUGCUUUGCAGCAUUCUUCAUUUGUUCUCAGAUUCAAAGCAAAGAAAUUACACCCGAAGACCUAGUUUCCGAUGAAAGGUAUUUCGGUAAGCUUAAACAAGUACUUUUGUUUUCAUGCGGAAUUUUAGCCAUGCAAUGCGAUGAACAUGUUGUGGCUCUUGUGAACAGUCUAACAAACCAAGUCAACAAACAUGAAGGCGAUGGUACAAAAGUUGUACUAGAGGCCAUGAACGAAUGUAAAAGUGAAAAAGAUUUUCCCAUACAUUUAGCAAAAUGUUUUGGAUCUGGUUUGAAUCUUACCAAUUUGGAUUUGUCUGAGAAUUCUAUCGGCAAUGCCGGCGCUUCAUCUAUUGCAGAGGCAAUCAAAGUCAACAAGACUCUGACCAAUUUAAAUUUGCCUGGGAAUGAUAUUAGUGAUGCCGGUGCUACAUCUAUUGCUGAGGCAAUCAAAGUCAACAAGACUCUGACCAAAUUAAAUUUGUCUCGUAAUCAUAUAACUUUUGCCGGUGCUACAUCUUUUGCUGAGGCAAUCAAAGUCAAUAAGACUCUGACCAAUUUGAAUUUGUCUGGCUAUCAGACAACUGAUGCCGGUGCUACAUCUAUUGCUGAGGCAAUCGAAGUCAACAAUACUCUGACCAAUUUAAAUUCUCCUGGGAAUGAAAUGAGUGAUGCUGGUGCUACAUCUAUAGCUGAGGCAAUCAAAGUCAAUAAGACUCUGACUAAUUUGAAUUUGUCUUACUUUCGUAUUACUUAUGCCGGGGCUACAUCUAUUGCUGAGGCAAUCAUAGUCAACAAGACUCUAACCAAUUUGGAUUUGUAUUGCAAUGAUAUUAGUGAUGAUGGUGCUGCAUCUAUUGCUGAGGCAAUCAAAGUUAACAAGACUCUUACCAAUUUGAAUUUGUCUGGCAAUCGUAUCGCUGAUGAUGGUGCUACAUCUAUUGCUGAGGCAAUCAAAGUAAACAAGACUCUAACCAAUUUGAAGUUGUCUUACAAUCAUAUUACUUAUGCCGGUGCUACAUCUAUUGCUGAGGCAAUCAAAGUCAACAAGACUCUGACCAAUUUGUAUUUGUCUUACAAUCAGAUUGGUGAUGCCGGUGCUGCAUCUUUUGCCGAGGCAAUCAAAGUCAACAAGACUCUGACCAAUUUGUAUUUGUCUAACAAUCAGAUUAGUGAUACCGGUGCUACAUCUAUUGCUGAGGCAAUCCAAGUCAAUAAGACUCUGACCAAUUUGAAUUUGCCUGGAAAUGACAUUAGCGACGCUGGUGCUAACUCUAUUGCUGAGGCAAUCAAAGUCAACAAGACUCUGACCAAUUUAAAUUUGUCUGGCUAUCAAAUAACUGAUGCGGUGCUACAUCUAUUCCUGAGACAAUCAAAUUCAAGUAGACUGACGAAUGUGAAUUUGUCUGGGAAUGAUAACAGUGAUGCCAGUGUUAAGUCCAUCGGCGAAGACAAUCAAAGUCAACAACUCUCUGACCAAGUUGGAUUUGGAUCGCAAUGAUAUUAUUUAUGCCGGUGCUACAUCUAUUGCUGUAGCUAUCAAAGUCGGCAAUGCUCUUACCAAUUUGAAUCUAUCUGGCUAUCAAAUAAAUGAUGCGGUGCUCUUAAGAAUUCGUUAAACAACUUUUACUCAAUUUCUAGAAUGAAUAAAAAUAAAUCAAUUUUUUCUCGG